CUUUUUUUUGUCGGGUGACGUCAUAUCGAGGAAAGUACACAUUCCUGUCAAGGUGCAUUGAGUAAGCUGAGUCUAGAAUCUGUAUCUUCGUGUGAACACGGCCGAUGAUUCUGACUUAAAUGAUCAAAUGCACAAUGGAGAAGCCCCCUUUCAGACAGAAUCAGAACUGUGGAGACUGGGAGUUUAAAGAGAGAAUAGGCAUGGGUGGUUUUGCCCAUGUCUAUCUCUACCAGCACCAUGACACAUCUGACAAAUUGGUAGUGAAAAUGUGUCGCCUGGAGUUGACGGCAAGAAAUAAAGACAGAUGGAGCAGAGAGAUCCAGAUCAUGAAAAAGAUGAGCCAUCUCAACGUGGUGACGGCCAGAGAUGUGCCCGAGGAGAUGAAGCACAUUGCCUUAAACGAUCUCCCAUUGCUGGCUAUGGAGUACUGCUCCAAAGGAGACCUGCGGAAGAUGCUGAGCAAGCCUGAAAAUUGCUGUGGACUUAAAGAGAGUGAAGUGAUCUCUCUACUCAAUGAUGUUGGAUCGGGUAUCCAGUAUUUACACGAAAACAAAAUCAUACACAGAGAUCUUAAACCAGAAAAUAUAGUUCUUCAGGAAAUCAAUGGAAAGUUGGUCCACAAAAUCAUUGACCUGGGUUAUGCGAAAGACUUGGACCAAGGAAGUCUCUGCACAUCCUUCGUAGGCACACUCCAGUACCUGGCUCCCGAGCUGUUUGAGAACAAGGCUUACACUGUGACUGUGGACUACUGGAGUUUUGGUACGAUGGUAUUUGAAUGCAGCUGUGGUUUCCGUCCCUUCCUUCACAACCUUCAGCCAGUCCAGUGGGCCAGCAAAGUACGGAACAAAGGUCCAAAAGAUAUAAUGGCUGUGGAGGAGAUGACCGGGGAGGUCCGAUUCUCAACACAUCUACCUUACCCAAACAAUCUCAGCAGGACUCUGCUGGAACCAAUGGAGGGGCUUCUGCAGUUGAUGCUGAAAUGGGACCCAGUCCAGCGAGGAGGCAGGAUCCACCCCGGCAACACCAAACCCCAGUGCUUUGAAGUGCUGGAACAGAUAUUGAGCAUGAAGGUUGUCCAUAUACUUAACAUGACCACGGCCCAGGUCCACUCCUUCCAGCUGGCCACAGACGAGAGUCUCCACAGCCUACAGAAACGCAUUGAGGCUGAGACCAAGAUCGAGCUGGUUCACCAGGAGCUGCUGCAGGAGACAGGGGUGUCACUGGACCCCAGGAAGCCAGCCGCCCAGUGUGUUCUCGAUGGAGUGAGAGGCUGGGACAGUUACAUCGUCUACCUUUUUGACAAGAGCCUCAUCAAGUACUCAGGUCCUUUCAGUGCCAGACAGCUGCCAGAUAAAGUGAACACUAUCGUGAGAGAUGCCAAGACACAGCUGCCCCUGGUUGUGUUGAGAAAGGUGUGGGGGGAGGCGGUGAGCUACAUCUGUGGGUUGAAGGAGGACUACAGCAGACUGUUCCAGGGUCAGAGGGCUGCCAUGCUGAGUCUUCUGCGCUACAACACAAACCUGACCAAGUGCAAGAACGGCAUGUUUGCCUUCUCCCAGCAGCUGAAGGCCAAGCUGGACUUCUUCAAGAGCAGCAUCCAGUAUGAUCUGGAGAAGUACAGUGACCAGAUGCACUAUGGCAUAUCCUCUGAGAAAAUGUUAAAGGCCUGGCAGGAAAAUGAGGAGAAGGCAGCUGCAUUUACACAGGUGGCAGAGGUGAGCCACUUGGAUGAGGAGAUCAUGUCCCUCCACUCAGAGAUCGUUGAACUGCAGAGGAGUCCUUAUGCCCGUCGCCAAGGAGACGUGAUGGAGCAGCAAGAGGAAAAGGCCAUUGAGCUCUACAAACAGCUGAAAAUGAAAUGCAGAAUGCCUGAGCCAGAUGUCAGCAGUGACAGCUCUGAGAUGGUGAAAGCCAUCGUGAAGACCGUUCAGAACCAGGACAAAGUUCUGAGGGACCUAUACACACAUCUCAGCAAGAUACUACUCAGCAAACAAAAAAUCAUUGACCUGUUCCCGAGGAUUGAGAAGUCCCUUGAGAACAUCAAGGAGGCUGACAAUACGGUGAUGCAGAUGCAGAUCAAGAGACAGAGAGAGUUCUGGCACUUACUGAAGAUAGCCUGUGCACAGAAUUCCACGCGGAACUCAAUGGCGGCCAGCCCAGAGACAUCUAACCCCCUCCAGGUAUCCCAGUGGUCCCAGUCCGCCCAGCCAGUUAGUGCCCCCCAUCCUCUCACCUCCUUACCUGGACCCAACGACAGAGACGCUGCCCCACGGCUGCUCCAGGAGAACCAGAAGUUACUGGGUCAGCUGACCAGCCUGAUGCAAGAAGCAGCUGAUGAGCAGUCUAGAAGCAUGGUGGCCCAAGAUUGGAGCUGGACAAAAUAUGAGUCUUUGUCUGUGAAAGCAAAGAAACAAAACGUGUAAGCAUCCUCAGACAAGGCUCCAUCCGGCUCGUUCCUGCCUGCUCUCUAAGUAACACUAAGGACCGAAUGUCGUCCACAAAUGGAGUCAUGGUUGUUCCUUGGUGAUUCACUUUUACGGUUGAACAAAGGCAGAUGAAUUCACACAUGGUCUGUGGUGUUCUUCCCCUCCAUUUUCUAACAUGGUGGAACAUUGGAUUAUACAGUAUAGCCUUGUUUUUAUAUGACAAAACAUGAUCUGCACAUUGUCAAUGUGUCAUGUACCUUAUGUUCGGGCAAGCGUGUACAUUUCACAUUUUCCUUUGUCACCCAGAAAAUGUCAUAAUGUCAUCUUAUCUCGUACCACUAUUAUUGCAAAACCAAGCACAUUGUAACAUCCAGUUCCAACCAAGUGUUUGAGGCCAGGAUUUAAUUUUUGUCUUUGUUGAGAACGUUUGUUAUGCAUGCACAUUGCCAUCCUGUUUUAUCAUACCGCAUGGCUUGUGACAUAUAACAUCGACAACACAGGAAAUGAUGUAGGAGAUCAGGAAGUUACAAUCAAGCAACAGCACUUUGAUACUCCCAUGUAUCCUGUAUAACAAGAAACCCUGCUAGAAUCACAUCCAUGAGGUUAUACGUUUUAUAGCCCGGUUGCAAUCAUUGAACAAGAUGUCAAAUGUGUUCAUUCAAGUUCAUAUAUUUUAGUAUACACAUCUUAAAAGAUUUUGACCAUAUAUAAAACUAAUUCAACAUUUUAAGUGUUACAGGGAGAAACAUCGUACUUGUGGCAAAAGAGGCUUUCCAUCAAUUGUCAAUACAGUAGAUUGUCAAUCUUUUUUUUAACUGAACAAGUAAUAUACUUCUUUCUUUUUUUGCUAUCGUGUUUGGGCACAUUGUUUCCUCAUUAUUUCCUGAAUACACAUAGUAUGGAAAUGUUUGCUAGGACAUGGUAAUGGAAUGUACUGGAGUUACGACCCAGAAAUGCGACAAAGAUGAAUGGUUGCUUUGCUCCAGAGAGAUGUAUUCAGACUGUAUGCUGUAUUUAUGAUGUUCAAGUGCAAUGGAAAUUUUUUUUAAUUUUAUUUAAGUAACAUAAAAAUGUAAAUUUCAUCACUUUAAUGUGUGCUUACGUCUGAUGGUUUAAUGCUGUCUUUGAAUAGUUCAUUUUAAGUCAUUGUAAUGUAGAAAUAUCUGUAUUAAAAUAAAAUCUUUGGCAUGGA